GUCUCUCUGUAUAAAAGCCGCUGCCUUUCCGCCUCAUUGCAAACUUCCCACUCAGAAUGAAAAGCACGCCUCACACCACCACCACCACCACCACCACCUACACCUAGAUUCAUACAUACACACCCACCUUAUAUCUAUCUAUAUACUAUACACCCACCCCCUAUCUAGGGUUUUGUAUUAAAACUUGAGAAUUUGAAACUUCCUCCAUCUUUCUGCAAUGGCGAAGAAGCGGAAAUCCGAUGCGACCCGUCUCGAUGAGGUCGAUCGAGGCAUGUACACCACUUUCUGCACCGCGGCCAACUCCCUUUCCCAGCUCUACACUCAUGCGAUGCACCAGCAGCGCCUCUCUUUCCAGGCCGGUGAACGCCACUCCCUGGAAAAGCUUUAUAAUUGGAUUUUGAGACAGCAAGAAGAUGGGGUGAGAGUGACGACUGGUGACAUACUCGCUUAUAUUCAGAAUGAACUUGAUUAUGGAACAGAGGAGCCUCCACCCUCCCCACGGCUUCCACCCCAGCAGCAACAAACUUUAAUGCCGUUGCCUCACUCUGGACUUCCCGUAUCUUCUAAUGCAUUUGGUCCCACAACUCUCGGACAAGGACAGCGUCCAGGAAACUCAGACCAAUCAAAGAAUUCGGUCUUCUCAAAUGCUCUUUCUAGUCCAGUGCGUCGGAGUCUUCAGCACUAUCACAUAUCACAAGGAGGGUACUCUGCCAACAAUGCUACCCGUAGCAACGAGAACAACUCUAACCAAAACCGAGACACCAAUCCUCUCAGUUCCAAUGAUACUUCAAUGGACAUGCAUCCUGAAAGCCCUGGCCAUGAUUCUCCUUACUAGAACUCCAUGGUCAUUUUUGAGUAGCGGGUAUGAAAAAGGUAAUGCCUUUUUAGUUGAAGUGGUGGUACUAACAAAAAGAGGUGGAAGUGUAAAGUACUUGUUGGGGAAAAAGUGAAGUGUGCGACUAGUUCUAAGAAGUGGAUAUAUGCCCUAAUGAAAGAAUUGUUUUAGCCUGUAUGGAUUGUGAAAUGUUGGUUUCUUUUAAUGUUUGUGUUCAUCUAAUAUUAUUGUCCCAAUGAUUUCUUGGUUUUCUUUAGUCUCUUAACAAUAUUGCCCGGGCGUCCGUGUGUUCUGAUAUAUAGUUUAAUUGAGUUGAUCUUCUUUCCUUGUUUUGAGGUUGGAUGUAAGUAUGUAAUAUGAACAUGAAUGACUGAUUUGCUUUAAGUAGCAUUCCACAA